CUCAAUCAUAAAAAGAGAAGAGUUGAACAUGAAGAGAAGGAGGAAGAGGAAGAGAAGGAGGAGGGGGAGGGAGAGAAGGAGGAGGAGGAGGAGGUAGAAGACAAAGAAAUUAUAAGCAACCUCAAUCAUAAAAAGAGGAGAAGAGUUGAACAUGAAAAGGUGGAGGAAGAGGAAGAGAAGGAGGAGGAGGAGGAGGAGGAAGAUGAAGAGAAGGAGGUGGAGGAGGAGGAGGAGGAGGAGGAGGAAGAACUAGACAGUGACAUUGAGCGCUCUGAGGUCAACUUGAAACUGACGAUUGAAGGGAACGGACAAAAUGAGGUCGAGAGUGAAAAUGAUGACCUCAGUUUACUAAAGAGGAGGAGGAUUGAAGAGGAGGAGGAAGAAGAAGUACCAGAUUGUGACAUCAAACGCUCCGAGGUCAACUUGAAACUGACGAUUGAAGGGAACAGACAGAUUACAGUCGAGAGUGAGAAUGUUGACCUCAGUUUGACCUCGGACAGGGCCAUCGAAAACCCACUUGAUGAUUCCGGCUCUAAUCGGGAGACCUUUGACCUCAUGGCAGACAGCAGCAUCGACACCCUGACCUUCCUCAACUCGUAUUCAAUAACAGAAGAAGAAUUCCUCGCCCUCGAAGCUGACAGAAAGAGGAUGUCAAACCACUCGACACCAAACUCCAAAACUCUCACCCCGAAAGCAACCCAGCCAACCGAACUUGACCUCCUUGACCCCGAGUCGUCCAACAGCUCCAUGCCUGACCCUUGGGCCAUCGCCGACAGCCAGGCGAUUGACACUUGGGUUGAGUCGCCACCACAAAGCGAUGACAGCCCGACCAUCACAACCGACACCCCAGAAUUGCUUUGCCCAGUACCCCCAUGCUUCAAUGAGGCAUCCGAGGACUGCGAUUUCUUAGGCUUCAAUACGUUGGCGAGUUUGAAAGCCCUGCGGCCUCUACGCUUUGACCCAAGUGCCGUGUUCCCGAGAGCUGAGGUCACGGAGGAGAGUGUGAGUAAGUGUAAGUUUUUCGCACUUCACCGGGUCUUGGGAGAGUUGACCACCCAUGUCGUCAUUUCGGAAGGAGCGACAGGGAAGGAGAAGAGCGGGAAGAACAGGCCAAAGCUGAACGUGAUGAACGGCAAGCCUUGGCGAUCGGAAGAAGAAAAGGACGUUGAGGAAGAAAGAUCGGAAGGUUUUGAACUCACCAGAAAAGCCCCGUUACGUCUGUCUCCAAGAACGAAACCGGCACUUGGGUCUCCGCUACGGACAACCGAGGCCACCAUGCCACCAGAUACGUACAAGACUAGAAGCUGUCAAGUCCGCCUCACUAAACUCAACCUUCCGAAAAGCAUUGUGGACAGCAUGAGAAGUGGCACAGAGGGUAGUUUUGUUAGUCCGAUCUUCUCCAGCAAGAGCCUAUGCCCGAAAAACCGUGUUACGCAAGUCCACCGAAGGCAAGGGGAGUCCAGCACCUUCACCCCUUCCUCAGGACUAACCGAAGGGGAUGUGGUUGUUUCCGCCGCAACCGUGACCCCACCGAGAGUGCCGAAAACUUCCAAGAGGGUGGAGAGGGAUGAUAAUGGCUGUGUGACCCCAUCCCGCCCCUCUGAAGACACUCCCGAAAAAGUCAAGAGGUUCAGGAGUGCCAAGCAAGACCCUGAGACCUCGGCGACGCUAUCCUCAAGCUCAGAACGGCGGAAAGUACGAAGAAUCAUGUACGCCAAGCUCUUGAACCCCGGGAGGAGACGAGCAUUGAGUCUGACGAACAAGCGACGUGUUACGCAAUCCACUGUCAGGCAUCUGAGAAGUAGCUCCGAAGGCGUGCUCUUCAAAUGCACGAUCUGUUCCAGGGCGUUCCGAAACAAGGUCGCGCUCAACAUCCACCUCGAAGGUCACAGACUCGAUAAGAACGAUGAUUACGAGGACAUCGGAGACUGUCUCAAGCUGCCGACCGAAGCGACAGCAAGCGAAAUGAUGAAGCACAAGUGGACAAAAGAGCGCAAGUGUUCCGUGUCAUGCGUUUGAAAGAGCUGUGUUACGUAUGUCAAGUCUCAGGGGGGUGGACUCUGUGUUACGUACCUCAUAGGUCAUACUCGCUCGCUGUGUGUGUUCAGCGUAAGAGGGCUUUCGACGUACAACCCUUACCUCACGCCUUGUAAAUAGUGUCGUGUGUUCAAAAGGACCUCCGAUACGUACCUCAAGGAUGGAUGGACUUACUCUGUGUGUGUGUGUUGUAUGUUAAGCCCUUUCCACUGCCAUUAGACCCUUGUAAAUAUACCCCAAUGGAACCAGUGUGUGAAGGGGAGGAGGAAUGGCCAAGGAAGGACUUAACACACAUAUUAGAAAGCUCAGGCAUUGUAAAUAAACCCUAAUGGAACCAGUGUGUGAAGAGACUGAGGAAUGGCCAAGGAAGGUCUUAACACACAUAUUAGAAAGCUCAGGCAUUGUAAAUAAACCCUAAUGGAACCAGUGUUUAAGGGACUGAGGAAGGGUCAAAAUGAAGGCUUGGAACACAGAAAUUGGCCCUAAUACAGUGAUGUGAAUAAGCUAGUGUUAGAACCAGUGUUUAAAGGACUGAGGAAGGGUCAAAAUGAAGGUUUGGAACACGGAAAUUGGCCCUAAUACAGUGAUGUGAAUAAGCUAGUGUUAGAACCAGUGUUUAAGGGACUGAGGAAGGGUCAAAAUGAGGGCUUGGAACACAGAAAUUGGCCCUAAUACAGUGAUGUGAAUAAGCUAGUGUUAGAACUAGUGUUUAAGGGACUGAGGAAGGGUCAAAAUGAGGGCUUGGAACAGAAAUGGACCCUAAGGCGCCUUUCACACAAGCGUUUUUUGCCGCUUUGGCACAUGCCGGACGGCAGCCGCAUGGCACCUGGACAUCCUUGGUCAAGUGCGGUGUCUGCCACAUCCGCUUCAGUAUCUCCUUCAGUCAUAUUUGUAAUCUUGUCUUGAGGGAUCCCACAAGUCUUUCAAUCUCAGAGAUCAGCAGCUCUGUGUCAUGAUAAUUUAAAUUAGCCAUAACCCUGAAAUUUAAAUGCAGAUGUUUGUUGUACAGAGGUAUACAGAAUUAAUAUGUAAGACACUUACAUUUUCAAUAUACAUUAAUUGAAAGUUCAUAAGAUGGAAAGUAUAGUGCAUAGCAGCUUUUCCAGUGAUGCAGACAAAGGGGUGGCAUGCCCUUCCUCCCAGUGUUGACAGACCACAUGUGUGAAGGCGCCCAUGGCAACACAUGACCACCAAAACCGCUGUGCGGCAUUUCUGCCGCUGCAGUCUUGCUGGCAGUACGGCAGGGUGCGGCUGCCACUUGGGCCUUGUGUGAAGCACCCAUGAGUCAACGUAAAGCUAAACCACACGGCCGUGCCAGAGCGGCAAAAACCGCUCGUGUGAAAGGGGCCUCAUACAGUGAUGUGAAUAAGCUAGCAUUAGAAUCAGUGUUUAAGGGACUGAGUCUAGUUAUAUAUUUCUUUGGGUCAACUUGAACCAAACUGUUUUUGAUCUUCCAUUCGGUUUAAAAGAGAAAAAUUGAGUCCCUUCUCUUAGUCAGUGUCUGGUCAUGCACUCACACCUGAUGUCUUUGUUUUUUAGGUUUUAGAAGGUUAAUUUUUAGGUCAUUUUUCUACCUAAGUGUAUUAUAACAUGUAGAGUUUUUUUGUACUUAUAAACAUUAAUUUAUAUCAUUUAUUUUAAGGUUUAGAAGUGAAAAGUGAAGUUUUGGGGUUAUAUGUGAUUUCUGUCUAAUGUUGCUGUAUGUGUGUGUGUGUGUGUGUGUGUGUGUGGAAGCUUGUAUGGGCCAUUCAAACUACUAUUACGAUUACUACUAUUACUACUACUACUACUAUUACUACUACUACUACUACUACUACUACUACUACUACUACUCUGUGAACCCAAACUGGUGUGUGUGUAUAUAUAUAUACAGUUGUCCCUCAAAUAGUACGGUUUUGGUUUUGUAUGGAUUGUCAUGGAAGAAUUUUAUUUGGAUUUUUAAAUUUCCCAGUCGUGGCACCAAGUAUCCCUGGCGUGAGUGGCAACAGUGUUGUACCAAAACACCUGCUGAAAGCACCCCAAAGCGUUCAAGAAAGUGUGCACCUUGCAGAAGAAUUCAGAUUUAGGAGAAGUUACGCUUUGGGAUGAGUUACGUUGCCGUAGGGAGAGCAUACCACGUGAAUGAGAGCAGUGUUCGCUGUAUCUAUCUUAGUGUAAAAGAAAUUCUUGCUGCAGUAACUGCCAGUGCUCCAAGAGUGGAGAUGAAGCCUGUCCUCUUACUAAGCCUCGUCGUUGCUGUGGUAACGGCGUCAUCACAGCACUGAGGCACCUCUCAAAGCCGGGAGCCAGUGGACGUGCCGAGUUGUCAACUCCUGCUGCCGAGUCACGCGUUUGAGAGCACUCGGGACGUUCCGAGAGUCCCGAUUUCCUCUCUCAAACACACCCCAGGGCUGGAGUGUUUCUAGGGGGAGCACUAAUUUUAUACGGAUUUUGGAAUAGUACAGGGGACCUGGGUCCCUAACCCCUGUACUAUUUGAGGGACGACUGUAUAUGUAAAGUAUUUUCGAAUGUAAGGGUUGGAGCCCAUUCAAAAUACUACUACUACUACUACUACUACUACUUCUACUAUUAUUAUUAUACCAUGGGAAAUAGUUGGUCUUGUCAGGCUAUUUCUACUAUUACUACUAUGCCAGGGUCAAUAGCCACUCUGUCAAGCCCAAAACUGUCGUAAUAAUGUGAAGAAUUAUUGAAUGUAAGGACCGAUGUCUCGCUCGUUUUCUCCCAUUAAAGCUAGCUCUAAUCUGGCCCGCCACAUGUCAAAAUGUGCACGGAUCAUCUCUCUCUCUACACACUAACUUUCAUGAUGUAGAACUAUCUUACAUUAGAGUUAUCUCACUUUUUCUAACUUUAUUUUUUCAGCCACCACAGAGAAGUGUUCGAAUACGCCAACAGCUAACCUCAUUUGUAUAUACGUGUAUACAUUACGUCUCAUAGCACUGAUGUAGAUUAGGUUACUAAAGUCCUGUGACCCAUGUACUGUUAGGAAAUGGUAGCUACUCUAAUGUAUAUAUCUAAGGCUCUUUUGUAUGGGUAUAGGAAAUGGGUGGAAAUAGGAACAUAUGUCAAGGUAUGGAUGUUAAAAGCCUGUAUUCUUAAACAUUUCGGGACUCUCACACUCACACGUUUGAGAAGGCUUUUUUGUGAGCCUGGAGAUAGUUUGACAAGGCUUUCAUAGAGGUGGUGGUGUUAGUAUUUCCAUGGGUGGUUUUAUGAGUCUGGAGAUAGUUCAACAAGCUUUCAUAGAGGUUGUGAUGUUACUAUUUCCAUGGGGUAGUUUUAUGAGCCUGGGGAUAGUUCAAUAAGGCUUACAUGGGUGGUUUUAUGAGCCUGGAGUUAGUUUGACAAGGCUUUCAUGGAGGUUCUGGUGUUAGUAUUUCCUGGGAUAGUUUUAUAAGCCUGGAGAUAGUUCAACAAGGCUUUCAUGGAGGUGGUAAUGUUACUAUUUCCAUGGGGUAGUUUUAUGAGCCUGGAGAUAGUUUGACAAGGCUUUCAUGGAGGUGGUAAUGUUACUAUUUCCAUGGGGUAGUUUUAUGAGCCUGGAGAUAGUUUGACAAGGCUUUCAUGGAGGUUGUGAUGUUACUAUUUCCAUGGGUAGUUUUAUAAGCCUGGAGAUAGUUUGACAAGGCUUUCAUGGAGGUGGUAAUGUUACUAUUUCCAUGGGUAGUUUUAUGAGCCUGGAGAUAGUUUGACAAGGCUUUCAUGGAGGUUGUGAUGUUACUAUUUCCAUGGGUAGUUUUAUGAGCCUGGAGAUAGUUUGACAAGGCUUUCAUGGAGGUUGUGAUGUUACUAUUUCCAUGGGGUAGUUUUAUGAGCCUGGGGAAAGUUCAUCAAGGCCUCUACUCUACCAUGAACCACCCUUUAGAACCUGACACACCUCCUCUGUGGUCUUGGGAAAUACUCGUGAGAACCGAAGACGUUUAAGAAUACAAGCUUCCAAGUACCUCCGUGAAUGGUCUUGGUCUAGGUUUCUCGCCCCCGCUGGUAACGUGGAGUAUAGGGUUUUAUAUCGAGUACAAAUGUGUUUCGAUUACCUUUGGUCGUGUGUACAUAGGUGAUUUGGUUACCUCUGCUACAUAGGUAUUGUUAAGGUAUCAGCUCUACUCUUUGUAUUAAUUUAUUAUCAUGGAAAUAUACAACAUGGAAGCCUGAACCUGAU